UUUGAAAUGAGUGUGGCACCGCCAUCAAGUGCGACGGACACGUUGCGCCUUCGCAAUGGCGUGGAGAUGCCGUUCCUUGGGCUAGGAACGUCGCACAAUGGAGGGUACUCGCAUGACGCCGUCGUGGUGAGUCUUCGACACGGCCUGCGCGCCAUCGAUACAGCGACUCGGUAUGGAUGCGAGUCGCAGAUCGCCGACGCCAUCGCCGCCAGUGGCGUCCGUCGCGCAGACGUGUUCAUCACAACAAAGCUCUUUUACGACGACUAUGGUUACGACAAUGCGAUCCGAAGCGCGGAAGCAUCGCUCGCCCGUCUCCGUACCGAUUACAUUGACCUGUACCUCCUGCAUUGGCCUGGCACGCCGUCCACAGCGCAUAACCGGCAGAUUCGGGCAGACACGUGGCGAGCCCUCGUGCACUUGUACUCUGUGGGCAAAGUUCGAUCGAUUGGCGUGAGCAACUUUCUACACUCACAUUUGGAGCAGUUGCAAGCCGACAGCCUGGCCAGUGGCAUCUCGGAACGACCGCACGUGAAUCAAGUGGAAUGUCACUGCUUCAAUCACCCAGUGCAAUUGAUUGCUUACUGCAGGCAACACGGAAUUGCGUUUGAAGGGUACUGUCCAUUGGCCAAGGGCCAGCUUUUAAUCGAACCAACCAUUGUCGACAUGGCUAAGCUGUACGCGUGCACCCCUGCCCAGCUGUGCAUUCGGUGGAAUCUCCAGCACGGCUACAUUUGCAUCCCGAAAUCCACCAAGCCAGAACGAGUGGUCGAGAAUGCUUGUGUCUUCUUCUUUUCAAUCACCCCCGGUGAUAUGACAAAGCUCGAUGCGCUCCACGAUGGCCGGCAUGUGACGUGGGACCCUACGAAUGUGCCAUAACAACGUUUACACGAUGUAUGUUGUGGACACUCGUGUACUGUACGCCCCUUCAAUACAUACA